CCUGAGAUUGCGAAUGGAGGAAGAAUUGAAUGUUGUUCUUCCUUGGAGUCCUCACUGAGAGAUCAGUGUUCAGAGCAUCGGCAAUUGUACCAAACCUUGUGAAUUUUUGAUAUUAAGAGGUAAUAUACUUGACAAGUACAAGGAGCCAUUAGCGAACUUGAUCGUGCGGAUAUAGACAAUCUUCAUCACUUGUGACCAGAAGAUGCCGUGGUAUUGUUGUUGGAGAACACCGAGGAGGAGACCGAUGGGCGGGGUUAUGAAGCCGAUGGGUACGUGUGCUCCUAGUGAACUAAGGUUUGAUCAAGCGGCUUGCGACUUGCAGUUGGAUAGCAUGAAGCCGAUGGGUACGUGUGCUCCUAGUAAACUAAGGUUUGAUCAGGCGGCUUGCGACUUGCAGUUGGAUGGCACCGGAUUUGAAGAUUUGCCCGAGUCCUGUAUAGAACUUGUCCUCUGCUUCCUUUCUCCCAGAGACAUAGCCAUAUCAGCUUGCACUAAUCGCACGUUCCGAGGUGCAUCUCUUUCGGAUGUUGUCUGGCAUGCCAAGUUGCCGAAAGAUUAUACUGAAUUUCUUGCAAAGGCAAAGGACGGCGCAUGCUACUUCGAUUCUAAGAAGAAAAUCUUUGAUUUUCUCCGCAGCAAGGUCACUCUUCAUAAUCACGAGUUCUACUGGCUAUCGAGGUCGCUUGGAGGAGUUUGUGUUCGUCAAGGCGCUGAAGCCCUAGAUUUUGUUCCGGGUCCUUAUAAGCCACAUGACAGGCUUCAGCGCCUUGAUUGGCUUCAGCGACCUGGUUCCAGAUAUGACAAAUCGGCGUUUCUCAAACAAGUCGUCAUGUUGCAUGUUAAGGGGAGCAUGGAGUGUUCCCUACCAGUCGGCACGUACACUCUCUCGUGGAGGUUUGCGUUGGAGCAGAGGGCAUAUGGGUUUACCCGAGAUAUUACCAGAGAGACCUGGCCGAUUGAGUUUGAGAUGUCAGUCAAUGAUCAUGAAACUGUUCAGAAAUUGAGUUUUUUGCGAGAUGUCCAAUCCUCAUCAGAAGGUGAGCAUUCAUCCGAUGACGAAGAUCGAGAAGAAGUAGACACUGACUGGAAAAAUGUUUAUGUUGGAGAUAUUUCUGUAGAAGAGGGAGAAAAAGACUCUCGAAUUGGUCGAGUUAAACUGCAAUACAGUCUUGCCGAACUUGGAGGAGGUAGAUGGAAAAGCGGUUUGUGGUUGGAUGGUGUUGUGAUCAUGCCGAAGCAGCACAAUGCCGUAGCUACAAGGAAUGGAAUAGAAUGGAAUAGAACAAAUAGUGGAUGGAUAGAACAAGGAGUGGAUGGAUGAUUUCAUUGUCAUGCCCAUGCAACCAGGAAUAGAAUAGAUAACUUAUGAAGUGACUUGAGCUGAUCUUAAAGCAAUCGGCAUUACUGCCAUUACAGCGAGUGCAUUUUUGCGAGCCC